AUGCACCUUGUGCAUGGGGGCUGUGGAGCAGGACAUUUCACGGUCGGUGGCGCCGAUAAUGACCUCCGGAAAGCCCUCGCAAUCGCUCGGCACGGGGCCACCGGGAGUGCUCUCGAGCCCUACACCGGAGCAUCACGAGCCGGAAAUAGCGCUUCGUGGCACUUGCUUCUCGACAAGGUCACACGCGGGGUGGCUGCUGGGCAUGACGACAUCGCGGCUGUGACCUCCACGCUGCGGAACAUCCGACUGGGGUUCGCACAGGACGCCGCAGCGACCCGCGUUCAGCGGGCGAUGCGCGCGUUCCUGCUGCGCAAGGGCACCAUCAUCAUCACGAUCGCCUCAUCACCAAGAUCCAGGCUGCUGCGCGCGGCCUCAACAUUCUGCGCGGCUGCGACGGAACCAUCGGGUUCUGCCACCAACGUGAGUCAUCCAGAGCACGACCUCUGGCGAGCCAGCCAGCCCCACUCUGCGGGCGCCAAGAAGAAGAAGAAGAAGACGUCGCGCACGCGGCAGGAGAAGAAACAAGGCAAGCGCGAGGCGGCGGCUCGAGAGGCUGCCGCUGCCGCGGCUGCCCGAGCGGCUGCUCAGGCGGCCGCUCAGGCCGCCCAGGCGGCCGCUCUCGGACGAGACAAGCGCGAGCUGCCCGACCGCUCCUCCGACGACUCCUCCUCCGACCAAGACUCAUGCGGCUCCGGCUCUACUAGCGCGGCGAAUGACAUUUUCGACACCCUCGACGACCAUCUCGGCUACGGUUCCGACUCCGGCUUCGGCUGGUAG